AAAGUAAAUUGAGGUGACUAAAGUUUCUCAUAAUUGUUGAACUUGCAUCUUACCGUAAUUGAUUGCGCCAUUAGCUGGCCUUCGUUGUUGGGUUGGGCUUAACUGCUCAAGAAAGUAGGUGCGGCUCAAAGCCCAUUCUUAGGAGGAUAGGUAGGUAGUAGUUGAGUAGACUGGGAGUCUUUCGAAGAAGCCGAGGAAAUUCAGGGGUAAUUGGCUUCAAUCUGAUCCGUUGACUACAAAGAGCGGAGUCUCUUGGCAGAUCAAAUCCAUCUCGAUCUCGAUUUAAGUUUGUACUUCUGAAUCAACCACAGGUACAAGUGUGGUUCUUGAAUCAAUUCAAGGGAAAGCUUGAAAUUCUUGAAUUAGUGGAACUAACAAAGUUCAAGGUUAGCGAAUUGGCGUGAAGUAUAUGUUGCUUCUUGGUGAGGAUUGCGUGUUUACUUCGAGAUCAAACGAUGGAAGUAUCAACCGACAAAAGCGAGCAUGCCGUUUCUCGUUGCGACCCAAAAGGCCAAAACCCUCUCCGCCCUCGAGUUCAGAAUUUGUUGAUGAGGGUGGGCAUUCCAUGGAUGGAGAUAAUGUAUGGAAUAGAAAUGAAGUUGAAGAAACUACUCAUUCAAUGGAUGAUGAUAGUAUAUUGAAUCGAAAUUCGUUAGCUCAGGGGCCAACACUUCCGGAACUGCAGAAGAUUAUUAGUUUGAGCAGUAAAAUUCAGAACCUAAAGAAAGAACAUGCUAUUCUAUCUGAUCAAGCUACAUAUAUCUUUCCUGGCCCAGAGGUAGAUGCUAUAAGCAUGCUGUUGCAUCUCAGUGGGGAACAUGAACUUCUAAAGAAGAGGUACCUAGAGGAGUCUUUUGAACGGAAGCGGCUUUACAAUGAAAUUAUCGAACUUAAAGGAAAUAUUAGGGUCUUCUGCAGAUGUAGACCAGUUAAUGAAGUUGAAAUUUCCAAUGGGUUGGAAGAAGUUGUGGAAUUUGACUCGUCACAGGAUAAUGAGCUACAGAUCAUCUCCUCUGAUUCUUCCAAAAAACAAUUUAAGUUCGAUCAUGUGUUUAAGCCUGAUGACGACCAAGAUGCUGUCUUUGUACAGACAAAGCCCAUUGUGACUUCACUGCUGGAUGGUUAUAAUGUCUGCAUAUUUGCUUAUGGGCAAACUGGAACUGGGAAAACAUUUACGAUGGAGGGAACCCCUGAGAAUAGGGGAGUCAACUACAAGACUUUAGAGGAGUUGUUUCGCAUCUCUGGGGAGAGAAACGCCAUUAUUAGAUAUGAGCUAUCUGUUAGCAUGUUGGAGGUCUACAAUGAAGAGAUUAAGGAUCUCUUAGUGGAAAAUUUGAGCAAAACUAGCACAAAGUUGGAGAUAAAGCAAGCAGCCGACGGAAUUCUGGAAGUCCCUGGGCUUGUUGAAGCUCAUGUUCGUAGUACAGAGGAAGUCUGGGAGCUUCUGAACUCUGGAAGCCGAGAAGGAUCAGUUGGCUCCACCUGUGCCAAUGAGCUUAGCAGCCGUUCUCACUGCCUGUUGCGGGUAAUUGUAAUGAGGUAUGAUUUAGUCAAUGAGAAAACAACUAAGAGUCACCUUUGGUUGGUGGAUUUGGCUAGUCGUGAGCGUGUUGGAAAAAUUGAUGUUGAAGGUGAAAGGCUAGAGGAAUCUCAGUUUAUAAACAAGUCUCUUUCUGCACUCGAGGUUGCUAUUUCUGCCCUUGCGUCUAAAAGAGGAACUCCAAGCUCACCCUCCUGCUGCAGAGUUCAUUAGGAGGAGAUUGCAAAACCCUGAUGUUUGUUCAUAUCAGCCCAAGCUCCAGAGACCUUGAGGAAACCCUUUGCUCACUGAAUUUUGCCAGUCAAGUUCGUGGGAUUGGAAGUGCAAGACCCCACUGAGCUUUUCAACUACAAGCAAAUGGCAGAUAAGCUAAGGCAUGACGAGAAAGAAACAAAGAAGUUGCAGGAUAAUAUCGAGUCCUUGCUGUUGAGACUUGCUGAGAGCGAAAAAAAGUGCAAAAGUCUUCGAGAAAAGGACCAUGACCUGAAGAAUAAGUUGGCAGAAGAGCGGGAGACCAGAUUGAAGCUAGAAAACACAGCUUUUGCUGCUGAGCUUCUAUACAGUCUUCAAAAAAGCUCCUUGUUCUAGACAAGCACCAGUAAAGACCAAAUCAGAGUAGAAACCGUCACUCCGGGGCCCUUCAAAAUUGAGAAUGGCAUUGCGAAGAAUCACCAAUUUCAUAUUUUCUUGCCCCAACCAUUUGGUGCAUAUUUGUUCCAAAUUUUAGCUGCUGCUUUUAGAAGGGAUUUCAAUUGAAACUUCGUUAUGCAGUGAUGUUCUCAAAUCUGAUUUGUUUGAGUAAAAAAAGAUAUUCCCUUUCAAUUUGGUCACCCUUUCAAUUUGACGGGUACUUAUCCCUUAA